AUGGCAUUUAUGGUUGACAGAUAUGUCAAUGAUGAAGCAAUUGAAACAAUAACAAUAACCGUGGAAAUACUCAUCUUGGAACUUGUAAUGAUAAAAGAUAUCAAGCUUGGAGAUAUAUUGGUGAAUAUCCAUGGAACAUGCUUAAAAGUAGCAGUUGGCUGA